GGGGCUGCCCGCUCUUCCGGAGUCAGUAAAUAAAUAACCCCCACCUCGCAGGAGGAGCCUGGAAGAGCUUCGGCAAUGAACGUGUCGCUGUGCUUGGGACCCCCAUGCCAUGAUCACAUCCUGCAAAACCUGGGAUCUAGGAUCCAUGCCCUCCACAAGAGCCACCUGGAAGACGAAGGACCUUGCCCCAGACGGCCGUGGGCAGGACACGCUUGUCACCGGGAGCAGAGCAGGUGCCUCUCCCCAGGUUCCUCUGCUGCCUGCACUGGUUCACCAUAAAAUCCUCAGCGUGAGCUGGCCAGACGCUGCAAAUCCCCGCAGGCUCUGCCUGGCUCUCCAGGCCCUGCAGGGGACAGCGGACAAGCGGCAGGAGGAGAGCCUGCACCAGGCCCCAACACCAGCCAUAGAGGAGCCACUAGCAUCUCCCCACGAGCCAGCCACUGCCACGCUGGUGCAGGCAGCCUCCACCAUGAACCUGGAGAAAGCAGGAGGGAGGCUCUGUGGUGGGAAACGUGCCAGCCUGCCAGCAGCCCAGCCCUUCCCGGUGAUCCAGAAGGCGAUGACCUCCAUGGCGCAUCUGCAGGAGAAGCUGUGGCUGCAGGAGGAGCUGCUGGGGCUGCAGGAGAAGCUCACUGCCCGGGAGAGCGAUGAGCUCUCCCGUUCUCUCCAGCUGCAAGACCAGGUUGAAACUCUGAAGGCAAAGGUCCUGGAGCAGGCGCAGGAGAUCAGCCGGCUGCGCUCGGAGCUGGGUGGCACGGACGUGGAGAAGCACCGGGACCUGCUGGUGGCUGAGAACGAGCGCUUGCGGCAGGAGAUGAAGGCGUGUGAGGGGGAGCUGCGAGAGCUGCGGCGGCAGCAGCAGGUGCCAUGCCGGGACUGUGCCCACCUCCCGGAGAACACCAGGCUGCAGGAGCGGCUGUCCCAGCUGCAGAGGGAGGCAGAGGAGAUGCGGACGAAGCUGGUGGAGCUAGACCUGGAGGUGCAGCAGAAGACAAACCGCUUGGCUGAGGUGGAACUGCGUCUCAAGGACUCCCUGGCUGAGAGAGCCGAAGAGGAGGAGCGGCUCAGCCGGCGGCUGCGGGAUAGCCAGGAGACCAUCGCCAGCCUCAAGUCCCAGCCCCAGCAGAUAAAGUACGUCAUCAAGACUGUGGAGGUGGAGUCAGCCAAAGCGAAGCAAGCCCUGUGCGAGAGCCAGUCCCGAAACCAGUACCUGCAGGAGCAGGUGGGGAUGCAGAGGCAGGUGCUGAAGGAGAUGGAGCAACAGCUGCAGAGCUCCCAAAAGACGGUGGCUCAGCUCCGAGCUCAGAUCAUGAUAUAUGAGACCGAGCUGGAGCGAGCCCAUGGGCAGAUGCUGGAGGAGAUGCAGGCCAUGGAGGAGGAGAAGAACCGUGCCAUCGAAGAGGCAUUUUCCCGUGCCCAAGUGGAGAUGAAGGCAGUGCAUGAAAAUCUGGCAGGUGUACGGACCAACCUGCUGACGCUGCAGCCAGCUCUGCGCACCCUCACCCAUGACUACAACAGCCUGAAGCGUCAGGUCCGCGACUUCCCCCUGCUCCUCCAGGAGACCCUGCGGAGCGCCAGGGCUGAGAUCGGCCAGGCCAUCGAGGAUGUGCACAGCACCAACCGGGAGCUGCUGCGCAAGUACCGGCGGGAGCUGCAACUCCGCAAGAAGUGUCACAAUGAGCUGGUGCGGCUGAAAGGAAACAUCCGUGUUUUUGGGCGAGUCCGUCCCAUCACAAAGGAGGACGGUGAGGGCCCAGAGGCAGCCAAUGUGGUGACCUUCGAUGCUGAUGAUGAUGCUGUCCUGCAUCUCCUGCACAAGGGGAAGCAGGUGUCCUUCGAGCUGGAUAAGGUCUUCCCCCCACAAGCGUCCCAGGAGGAGGUGUUUCAGGAGGUUCAAGCCCUGGUCACCUCCUGCAUUGAUGGCUACAACGUCUGCAUCUUCGCCUAUGGGCAGACAGGGGCAGGAAAAACCUACACAAUGGAGGGGACAGCAGCAAACCCAGGGAUCAACCAGCGGGCCCUGCAGCUCCUCUUCUCUGAGGUGCGGGGCAAGGCAGCCGACUGGGACUACGCCAUCAGUGUCAGCGUCGCCGAGAUUUACAACGAGGCUCUCAGGGACUUGCUAGGGAAGGAGCCACAGGAGAAGCUGGAGAUCAAGCUGUGCCCCGACGGCAGCGGGCAGCUCUAUGUGCCCGGACUGACUGAGUUCAGUGUGCAGAGCGUGGAGGACAUCAACAAGGUCUUCGAGUUCGGCCAUGUCAACCGGGCGACGGAGUGCACCAACCUGAAUGAGCACAGCUCCCGCUCCCACGCCCUCUUCAUUGUCACUGUCUGUGGCAUUGACCGUAGCACAGGGCUCCGCACCACAGGGAAGCUGAACCUGGUGGACCUGGCAGGAUCGGAGCGGGUCGGGCGGUCAGGUGCAGAGGGCAGCCGGCUCCGCGAGGCACAGUACAUCAACAAGUCCCUCUCGGCAUUGGGUGAUGUCAUUUAUGCCCUGCGCUCCCGGCAGGGCCAUGUGCCCUUCCGCAACUCCAAGCUGACCUACCUGCUGCAGGACUCGCUCAGCGGUGACAGCAAGACCCUCAUGAUGGUGCAGGUUUCCCCUGCUGAGAAAAACACCAGCGAGACACUGUGCUCCCUGAAGUUUGCUGAGAGGGUUCGCUCUGUGGAGCUGGGUCCUGUCUCCCGCAGGGCUGAGCUGGCCUCCUGGCCCAGCCAGGAGCAGCUGGAGGGUGACUCACCAGGAACCACAGCAUCCUCUGGCCGGGGCCAUGCGUCCCCCAGCCCAGGGCAGCUCUCCAGCCGUGCCGCCUCCAUCCGCAGGAAGCUCCAGACCUCAGGGAAGCUGAGGCCAGUCCCUGUGUGACAAAUGCCAGCCCCAGCACCAAACCUGCUGCAGGACCCAGCCCCUCAGUGCUACGGAGAGCCCGGCUGCUGGAAGACACGAAGGCUUUGGUGCCACUCCCUUGCCCACCAGGGCCCAUGAUGAGGGUGACAGCACCUCUCACCAUGAGCAGCGUGGGGCUGAGGUCUCCCAGUAGCCAGACCCCUGUCUCAGGGUGGGGGACAGUGAUGCUGGGCAGGGAGCUGUAACCUCAGACACUCAGCUCUGUGACUUUCUUUUUUUGCUGGAAGGAUGUUUUUAGCCAGAGCAGGGAGCUGCUGGGUGCUUUCUCCAUCUCUCCAGCAUUAUUUUUAUAACAGUAGAGGUAUGUGGCUGGAGCAGGGGCUUGGAGCCAGGUGAGCCCACAGAAAUGUCUCUGCUACUCCCAGGGGACCAGCCUGGUCCCAGUUCCCCCAAGACUGUGUCCAGGCAGCUGCCUGAUGUCUUUUGAAGCAGCACUUCCUCCAUUUUAAGCCAGAAUAAAAUCCCAGCAGCCCCUUUCCCCAUAGGUUUCUCAAGCCCUGUUGUUGCAUGAAGGUGCCCUGGGGCUGUGCCUGAGCCAAGCUGCCCUUCAUCAUGGUGUUGGUGCUGCCUGGGCCCUGUGCCGGCUGCUCUGGCACGGAGAGAGAGUGGUUGUGGGGCUGCCUGUGUUACACAGCACCAGGCUGGAUUUAGCAGUCUAAAAUGAAGCUACUGUAAAGUUAUUUACCAGUUGUCAAGAGAGAUCAGUGUGGUCAAGAUGAAAGUCUUUGAAAUAGUUUUAUUCUGUUUACAUGGUCUUGGACUGGAAACCAAGUAGGAAACAAACAAAAACCCCCCCAAACCUCCAGCCCAAAAGUCUGUUGGCUUACUUAUCGGGACAGCAGCUGGCAGGGGCGUUGGAGGAGACAGCACUGCCCCUGCACCUCUGAGCACCCACCUAUGGGUACGCUGCCUCCUGCUGCAAAUAACCAACUGGAUGCACUGAUGGCUCUUUCCCACCGCAGCCCUCUCACUCUUCCACAGUAUAUUCUAUUUAACAGAAAAAAGGGAAAAAUAAAUUUAGCCUUUUGUAAGA